AUGGAUUAUGGAAUCUCAGCAGCAGCAAGGUUAAUCGUUAUACACACGAGUAUAGCUUCCGAUAUCGCUCUUUUAGCUUCUAUUAUUGAUUCUGUCGUCAUAUGGAUCCUGGAAUCUCAGCAGCGAGGUAAAUCCCGUUAUACGAUUAUCCUUUCCGAUACCAUCCGUUUAGCUUCUAUUAUUGUUUCCGUCGUCAUAUCUCCUGAACGUGCGUCCCACACAUAG